CAACAUGUCAGACUCUGAGAUGGGAUGGGUGCCUGAGCCCCCAACCAUGACGCUGGGGGCUUCAAGGGUGGAGCUGCGUGUGUCCUGCCACGGCCUCUUGGACCGAGACACACUCACCAAGCCCCACCCCUGCGUGCUGCUGAAGCUGUACUCUGAUGAGCAGUGGGUAGAGGUGGAGCGCACGGAGGUGCUUCGCUCCUGUUCCAGCCCUGUCUUCUCUCGGGUGCUGGCCCUCGAAUACUUUUUUGAGGAAAAGCAGCCCCUACAGUUCCACGUGUUUGAUGCUGAGGAUGGAGCCACCAGCCCCCGCAAUGACACCUUCCUCGGCUCUACAGAGUGUACCUUGGGCCAGAUUGUGUCACAAACCAAGGUCACUAAGCCAUUACUGCUGAAAAAUGGGAAGACUGCGGGGAAGUCCACCAUCACGGUCGUGGCUGAGGAGAUAUCUGGCACCAAUGACUAUGUGCAACUCACCUUCAGAGCCCACAAGCUGGACAACAAGGAUCUGUUCAGCAAGUCUGACCCUUUCAUGGAGAUCUAUAAGACCAAUGGCGACCAGAGUGACCAGCUGGUCUGGAGGACUGAGGUGGUGAAGAACAAUCUGAACCCCAGCUGGGAGCCAUUCCGCCUGUCCCUGCACUCCCUAUGCAGCUGUGAUGUUCACCGGCCUCUCAAGUUCCUUGUGUAUGACUAUGACUCCAGCGGGAAGCAUGACUUCAUUGGCGAGUUCACCAGCACCUUCCAGGAGAUGCAGGAAGGGACAGCAAACCCUGGGCAGGAGAUGCAGUGGGAUUGUAUCAAUCCCAAGUACCGGGACAAGAAGAAGAAUUACAAGAGCUCAGGGACAGUAGUACUGGCCCAGUGCACGGUGGAGAAGAUACACACCUUCCUGGAUUAUAUCAUGGGUGGCUGCCAGAUCAGCUUCACGGUGGCCAUUGACUUCACCGCCUCCAAUGGGGACCCAAGGGGCAGCCAGUCCCUACACUGCCUCAGCCCCCGACAGCCCAACCACUACCUGCAGGCCCUGCGUGCAGUGGGAGGCAUCUGCCAAGACUAUGACAGUGAUAAGCGGUUCCCAGCUUUUGGCUUUGGGGCUCGAAUCCCCCCCAACUUCGAGGUGUCCCAUGACUUUGCUAUCAACUUUGACCCGGAAAACCCUGAAUGUGAAGAGAUCUCGGGGGUCAUCACUGCCUACCGUCGUUGCCUGCCCCAGAUCCAGCUCUAUGGACCCACCAACGUGGCCCCCAUCAUCAACCGCGUAGCUGGGCCUGCCCAGCGGGAGCAGAGCACUGGCCAAGCCACGAAGUACUCGGUGCUGCUGGUGCUCACUGACGGCGUGGUGAGCGACAUGGCUGAGACCCGAGCUGCCAUCGUGCGUGCCUCUCGCCUACCCAUGUCCAUCAUCAUUGUGGGCGUGGGCAAUGCCGACUUCUCCGACAUGCGACUGCUGGAUGGCGAUGAUGGUCCCUUGCGCUGCCCCCAAGGAGUGCCCGCGGCCCGUGAUAUCGUCCAGUUCGUGCCCUUCCGAGACUUCAAGGAUGCCGCCCCCUCUGCGCUAGCUAAGUGCGUCCUGGCCGAGGUGCCCCGGCAGGUGGUGGAGUACUAUGCCAGCCAGGGCAUCAGCCCAGGGGCUCCCAGGCCCUGUACACCGGCCAUGACUCCCAGCCCUAGCCCUUGAUGGCCACCCACCGGACCGACACUCCCUUAGCCUCUCAGUGCCUGUCCUGACCCUUGUGACUCGAGUGACCAGUGCCUCCGCCUCUUGGACCAGCU